AUGGUGUCUUCAAAGAUUGUGAAGAGGGAAUAUCCUCCGAGAAUGUAUCCAGCAGGAAAAUCACCGUUGCAAAACAAAAGCAUGAAUCACUGCUGCUCGCUUCCUGAUAUUGGGAAGAGGCAAAGGAAGGACAAGAAGUUGAGCGCCAUUACAUCUUUCUUAGGUGAAGACAUCUACAACGACAUUAGAGACAACUCUCAACUCGGAGUUCUUCUGAAGCUUGCCUCGAGAUUAAAGUGUGAUGCGUUUGAUCCUGAAGACAAGUGGAACGUUGACCACACAGGGUUUUGGGGAGAGUUGAAAAUGAAUCCAGAGGAAGGGCCUACUUGGGAAGAGCUGGUUAGGAUUAUGCCACAUUCUGGUCUGAUGAGAAGAAGAAGCGGCUUGGUUUGCUGCUUAUCUUGUCUGUAG